GUUCGACGUCAUCCUCAGAUAUAACUGAGAUGGCAGUCCUUACCUCUUCUCAUCGAUCUACCAUCGUCUUCUUCCAUCGUUCAGAUGGGGCAAAGGCACCAAGUUUUCGCUAUAGCCAAGGUCAUCCCCAAGGGCGACACCAAAGCCUACUAUCGUUGUAUCGCCGCGUGGCACCACCAAUGGUGUUAUGGCACACUUCCUCUAAAAGCGACCCGUCGUUUCUUGACCCUUCUGGAGCAGCAGGAAAAUGCACAAAUUGUCCUCUACGAAAUUCGCCGAGUACAGAACAAAUAUGGGCGGUGGCAGGAGAAACCAGAAUUGCCCGAUCUUCCUUGCAGCUACAUUUCUUUCUUGAUGGGCUCAGCAUGGAACGUGGACUUGGAUGAUCCAGCUGAUCCCUAUUUUCACCGGGGUACAUUUAUGGGAUCCAUCCUCGAUGCUGACAUGGGUAGCACAGAGGGAGAUAACAAUGACGGAAUCACAGUUAUCGAUGUCACCGAUCCCUUGAAGCCUGCGUACUGCUUCGUAUCUGUAAACGGUCUUGAGGCAGCUGAAGAAGUACCUGACAUGAAGCCGUUAUCUGCUGAGCAAUACGUACGUGCGUAUUACCCGAAAGAGGAUGGACCAAAAGACAAAGUUAUUGAUGCACUUGCCGAUAAAAACCUUGUCACUCUUCGGAUGCUUGCGGAGGCAUGGCCCGACGAAUAUAAAGAUGACUCCGAGUCCAACGACAUCGACGAGUCUCAAAUGCCACAUAAUAUCUCUGUAGCGACUGAUCUCAUCCCUUCUCUUGUCGAUCUGACUCUUGGAACCGCCCUAGAGCAAGGUAUCACUGCUGGAGAUACCGCACACCUCGAAAAUCUGGUGUGGCAACCAGGAAAAGCGCCGUUGAUAAAGGCAGUUCUUCAAAAGCAGGACCCGUUCCCUGAUGCAGGAGUACCACUCUUGACGCAAGUUGUACUCCAGAACCCGAAAGCAGUAGAUUUGUCGGGAUUUUCCUUGACCACCGACCAGCUUGUAUCAGCGCUAUCAGCCGUCAAAAAGGAUAUCGAAACUUUGGAUCUGUCUGGAAACUCCAACAUCACUAUUGAAACCGUCAAAGCCGUUUUGACUGACUGUCUGGCCUUGACACGUCUCGUCCUGCUGGAUACGUCUGUCAAAGCUGUCGACUUGCAGACCCUAUUCAAGUCCGACCCAGAGAUAUUCUAUCGUCUUCAUGAUCUCAUCCAUCCCUAUCUUCUCACUGCCACCAAGACGGCUACCUACGAUAACGCGUUCUCGUUCAUUUCUGUCGCGGGAAUCGGAGGCGGCAUACCUAUCGCAUCUCUUCCUUUUCUGAAUCCCGCCAAGGUUGUACAGGGUCUUACUGACGCCCUUAUUGUACAUGCGGAGAUGGACCGUCCCAGUUUCGCCGGUCCCGACCAGUGCUCGCUCUUCCCUCAAGUCGCGUUCGGCUCCGCUCUGAGGACAGAAACUCGGCGAUGGAGCGAACGUCACGUUUCCUCUUUCCCUCAGGUAUCUUUUGAUGCCUUCCAAGGUGAAGGAUGGUGUUUCGCAUUGCAAAAUGACCCUAUGCAUUGGCUAGGAGGGCGCGGGCUCAGCUUCUACGGCUUCCUAAAGGUCGAUGGACUUGCGGUCAACGCUGAGGUGGAGCGUCAAAACAAGGCAAAAGGCGACUCUUCUGAUACGAAGACAGCUAGCAACGAGAGCAAGGAAGAAGAAAUACCUCUGCCACUCGGCAUCAUCUAUGAUUUAGAUGAAUUCUUGGCGGCAAUGGAAGCCGAGGGCAGACCUUUACCAACAGAAGCUGCGGUCAAAAAACUCCGUGAUAUCUUAGAGGCGAUGAAAUCCAAGCAAGGCAUACGCCUCAUGAAGCAGAGCUGA